CGUUGUUUGCAGCCUCUGCGUGACCAAACAGGCUACACAGGCAAGAUGGGCAACAGGCAGUCUAUCGAGGACAACAUCUUCAACAUGAAGCUCAAGUCCAAAGAGCUGGUCAGUCAGUCAGUCACCACGCGCACGAAACACAUCUGAUCUGUCCUUUCUUGACGCGCCUGUCACUCCUCCCGUCUUCUCUCUGUCUGUAUGUUGGUUGCGUGUUGUCUGUCGACAGACGCGGAUGUCGGCCAAGGCCGAGAAGGAGGAGAAGGAGGAGAAGACCAAGGUCAAAAAGGCCAUCGAGAAGGGAAACAAAGACGGAGCCAGGUGCGGUGCCAUGCGUGUGAGGGAGGGCACUCACACGCGGAAACGGGUGGUCGGUGCGCAUACCGUCUUGGUUGUUUGGUUGGUGCUGUGCUAUGUGACGUGACUGACAGGAUCUACGCGCAGAAUGCGAUCCGGAAGAAGCACGAGGCGCUCAACUACCUCAAGCUCUCGUCAAAGAUGGACGCGGCCGCCAGCAGACUCGACGCAGCCAUCAAGUCGCAACAGGUACACACCACACAGCCACGCAACACCAGCAUGUGCCUGCACACGCACUCCUGUAUGGUGGGUGUGCGUGUGUGGAUAUAGAUGACGAAGGACAUCUACAAGGCCGUCCCUGGUUUGUCCAGGGCAUUGGGCACCAUGAACGUCGAGAGGAUCAGCACCUCAAUGGACGCUUUCGAAAAACUCUUCGAAGACCUGGUGGGUAUUCACCGAAGCACACAUCACCACACCACACCACACACGCCGGCAUCUCUCUCUCUCUCUCUCUCUCUCUCUCCGUCCGUGUGUGUGUGUGUGUGUGUGUGUGUGUGGUCAGGAUGUGCGUGCGGAGUACGUGACCAACGCCAUCGACUCAACCACCGCAUCAGCGACACCUGUCGACCAGGUACCUACACACACACACACCACAUCAGAGGCAGGGAGGCAGUCAGCUAGUCUGUCUGAUAAUGACGGACAUGGAGUGCCCCUCGAGCACUUCCACGAUAGUGUACGGUUGAAGCGCCCAUGUCCGAAAGAGUCCUCUAGGGCUGUCGAGCUCUGCUCCGCCCGUCACAGAGGCGUUUCCAUAUCUCAUGUCCCUUGGCAUCAUGCCCCACGGGCGCUGGACCACUGGGAAAAACCAUGGAAACGACAUCCCAUACCCCUCUCUAACACAGUCACACACACACACACACGCACACACGUUCAUGUUGCGCUUCGCAUGUUCGCCAUUCUGACACUCGUGUGUGCCGGGGUGGGGCGGGUGGUGUGUGUGUGUGUGUUGUCUGCUGUGUGCAGGUUGACCAGCUGAUAGCUCAGGUGGCUGAGGAGCACGCCCUGGAUGUGUCGGAGAUGCUCAGCGACGCCCCACAGGGCAACCUCGCACAACCUGCCAAAGUCCAGGUACACACACACACACACACGGACGCCAAAGCGAGCGGACAGGCACCACGAAAGGGUCCCUUGCUGCUAUAUCUGGUGUGUGUGUACGGUGUUCAGAACCCCGCCCAGCAGCAACCGGCCGACCCCCUGCAAGAACGGCUCAACAACUUGCGGACAUGAUUGGAUUGAAUGAGGGGCAGUGUCGUGGCUGGUGGGUUGGGUGUACGAGUGUAUGUGUUUAUUGAAGUGAAAUUGCGACCGGGGCAGAGGAAGGGGGAUGGACGAAUGGCGAGGGCUACGCGUGUGAUGUUGACGCGUGUGGUGGCUGAGGAAGAGGAAAGAUGUGAUCCGAUGAGAUGCGAUUCGAUGCGAUGCUUUUUUGGCGGUGCCGUGCGGUGCCGGCGGAUGUCCUGAUGGUUGUUGAGACGGUGAUACGGGUCGGAAUUGUGGCUGAGAGGUGUGACCGUGUUUGCUGCUCUCGGGUCUGCACGGGUCACGCCAGUCUGCUUACCAAUGGAACGGCGAGCAUGUCGACGUGGCUCGUCCGUGCACCAGAGCAGCAAACACCCACACAUCCCCUGACUGACUGACUGACGGAAAGACAGACACACAGUAAGGAAUGCUCGCUCGCUAUGACGACUUGACGUUCAGAUGUGCAAGAGUGUCUGUCUGAUCAAGCCUUGCAUCGCGCAUGCCUGCCGUUGAGUCGUUAACCAAUCCGUUUG